UUGAGACAAGAGGAUGCUCCUCUCUCAAACCCGCUGCCAUCUCAGUGGUGGAAAUGUUGGAGUUGGGGAGGGUCGACUUUGAGGUGACAUUGACGCUAUGUAGAUGAGAGUGAGGAUCCUGCGCUCCAUGUUACGUCCCUGCUCGCUUCAACUCAGACGGCGGCAGCUCCUUUCCCCGUCUUCUCUCCCCUCCUCUCUUUCAGCACCACUCCUUUAAGGACAGCACCUCGCUCUCAAACGCGCAUUUUUGUCCACCAUCACCCUCCUCAGGAUCGUAUAUUGGCUCGCUGUCGCUGGAUGCAAAGUUUUCGCCUUGGUUUUCACUCAGUUGCAAGCGCAAGGAAGUAACUUUUUUUUUUUUUUUUUUUUGGAAAUCAAGAUUUUCCCGUCGGCGAAACAGUCUCGCAAAGUAACGGAUUUUACUGGUCUCUGGACUGUUGCUAAGGUGCCUCUGCUUCUACUCCAUAUCGCUCACAGAAGCCCGAUCAUUCAUCUUUUCUCGGCUAAUCUCUGGGAACUGGGAGUACGGGACGGAUAAGCUGCUGUCUGCCUGGACCGGUGCUGAAACCCCCUCCUCUCCACUGGUCAGGACUACCCGACACAUACCGUGACCAUGGCUACCAACGGGACCAAAGCCUCGGACGGACACGUCUUAACGGAGACGGUGAAUGACGCGCCCACCACCACGCCAAACGACAAACCCAAAACCUUGGUGGUGAAAGUGCAGAAGACGAAAAAGGAUCUACCCGAGAGAGAAACGUGGGGUGGGAAAUUUGACUUUCUUCUCUCAUGUGUCGGAUACGCAAUCGGACUCGGGAAUGUCUGGAGAUUUCCUUACUUAUGUGGAAAAAACGGCGGAGGGGCCUUCUUGAUUCCCUACUUUUUGACCCUCAUAUUUGCUGGCAUGCCCCUGUUCUUUCUGGAGACGGCUCUUGGUCAGUACACUUCUAUUGGGGGGCUCGGAGUGUGGAAGCUGGCCCCAAUGUUCAAAGGUGUGGGUCUUGCUGCUGCCGUUCUGUCCUUUUGGCUCAAUAUCUAUUACAUUGUUAUCAUUUCCUGGGCUCUUUACUAUCUGUACAACUCCUUCACUUCUGAACUGCCAUGGCAGACUUGUGGCAAUCCCUGGAACACAGAUCGCUGCUACACCAACUACAGCAUCGCAGACACCAGAAACCUCACUAGCGCUGUGGUGGAGUUCUGGGAACGUAACAUGCACCAGCUGACCGAUGGUCUGGAGAAGCCUGGGGAGGUCAGGAUCCCGCUGGCUAUCACACUAGCCAUUGCAUGGGUGCUCGUCUAUUUCUGUAUCUGGAAGGGGGUCAGCUGGACUGGCAAAGUGGUAUACUUCUCAGCCACAUACCCUUACUUCAUGCUGUUCAUCCUGUUUUGCCGUGGCAUCAGUCUACCUGGUGCCUUUGAUGGAAUCCUCUUCUAUAUCACACCAGACUUUGAAAAACUCAAGCAGUCUGAGGUGUGGCUCGAUGCAGCCACUCAGAUAUUCUUCUCCUAUGGGUUGGGAUUAGGCUCUCUGAUUGCUCUCGGCAGCUACAAUACCUUCAACAACAACGUGUACAGAGAUUCCGUCAUUGUCUGCUGCAUCAACUCCUUCACCAGUAUGUUCGCCGGAUUUGUCAUCUUCUCCAUCGUGGGAUUCAUGGCCAACGUAACAAAGAGACCCAUCGCUGAUGUGGCAGCCUCAGGACCCGGUUUGGCGUUUUUGGCGUAUCCUGAGGCCGUCACCCAGCUGCCAAUCUCUCCUCUCUGGGCAAUACUCUUUUUCUCCAUGCUGCUGAUGCUGGGAAUUGACAGCCAGUUCUGUACUGUGGAAGGCUUCAUCACUGCGCUGGUGGAUGAAUUCCCUCAGGUCCUCCGGAAACGCAGAGAGAUCUUCAUUGCAGUUGUCUGCCUUAUUUCUUAUAUCAUUGGACUGUCCAACAUCACACAGGGUGGACUGUAUGUGUUUAAGCUGUUCGACUACUACUCAGCCAGUGGAAUGUCUCUGCUCUUCCUGGUCUUCUUUGAGUGCAUCUCAAUCUCAUGGUUCUAUGGUGUGAACAAAUUCUAUGAAAACAUUGAGGAAAUGAUUGGCUACAGGCCCUGUCUGUGGUGGAAGGCCUGCUGGGUUGUCUUCACUCCACUCAUUGUGGCUGGAGUCUUCUUGUUUAGUGCAGUGCAGAUGGUUCCCCUCACUAUGGGCGACUACGUGUUCCCAGCCUGGGGUCAGGGGGUCGGCUGGUUAAUGGCCCUCUCCUCCAUGACUCUCAUCCCUGGCUACAUGGGCUACAUGUUCCUCACACUCAAAGGCACAUACAAAGAGCGUCUGCGGAUGAUGAUCAAGCCUUUGGUGCUGGUGAGGGCUCAGGAAAAUGGCCCGGACCAGCAGACAGAAAACCAGAAUCAGAACCCUGCCAACGAGGAAGCUUACAUCUAAAAAGUUCCGCCUGUCUCUCGUUCUCAACGGCCAGACUCGGCCCUCCACUUACAGAAGAAACGUAAUCAAGGUUGGGAACAACCACGAGACUUCUAUGUCUGCUUUUAUUCACCUACCUCCUGGGGGACACGUGAAACCAACCUGAUUACACAGUUAUUUUUAGGGGUUUUUCUGUUUGUUUAUUUGUAUAAUACAGAGUUAUAAAACUUAUGAAGAAAAAAAAACAAAUUACCCAGCAAAGUUGUUGUGAUAUUAUGAAUUUCAUUAUGCAAAAAAGUUAGUCUUUUUAGAAAAGGAAAUGUGACUUAGGAAAUUACUGUAUAUUGAAUAUAUAUAAUUUAAAAUUGGAGGCCCGCAUUGAUUCAAUAGUAUCGUUCUUUGAAGAUAUUAAUUAAUCUACUAAACUCCAAUCACUGUAAAAAGAAAAAUAUUGGUAAAAUGCAUUUUGCUUGUACAUGAAAUAAAUACAUUAAAAUGAAUGCAGCAUAGUAGGUGAAAAAAAAUGCAAAUUGAAAGAUUGUAAAGUGAAAAUCAAAUACUGACCAAUUUAAGGCAAAGACAAUAUGGGAUUGUGCAACAGGUAAGGCCAAAUUUGCUUGUAUGUGUAAAUCAUAAUUUACUAUCACUCCCUUGCAGAAUCCUGCACUUCACCUGAAAUGUUUACCACCCAAGUCUCGGGCUACAUUUGAAAAGCACAAGUACAGUCUGGAAUUUUGAAGCGUCCAACUUCUUUUUUGGCAUGAUUGAAACCUGUGACAACAGCAAAAAUAACUUAUAUAGGCUACAUAGCAAGAGACUGUUAUAAUUGUUUCUUUGUUUUCUAAAGAACAAUAACUUUGUAUGUUGUCUGAAUCUUUUUUGUAGAAUCAUUUUUAGGGCAUUUUCUAUAUGUGAGAGUGAGAAGGACCAAAAUCAUGCUCUAGUUUGAAAGAUCGGUGCAGAUAUUUGACCUGCUGUCUAAAUCUGGAUUAAAUCAAGCAUCCCCUUUCAACUCAGUACAGAGCAAUAGGGAAGUAAAAACGGCAUCAACCUACAAGCACAAUUUGAAUCUGUAAACUACCACCGAUAAUAAUAAAGGUGUAGCCAUUACAGAAAUCCCACAUUUGCACUGUGCAUGCUCAAUUUCUGCUUGAGAAGUGAUUAUUUGGAAAAUGUAGAGUUUUUUUUUUUUUCUUCGUUUGACCACCAGUUAAGUGGAAAAACAGUGGAAGAAAGCCAAUCCUAAUUCAGAUUCAUAUUUUAAGCUGUGAGAGCGAAUAAGUUGCAGUGGCUGAUGUGCUCGCAUUGGAGGCUAGAGGAUGGAUUUCUAUGAUUGCUACCACUUUUCUGGCUGGAAUCAUUUACUUGUAUAUCUAUUUAGUAACCCGCUCCUCAGGAACAAAGGUGGAAGUGACCAAAUUCUCUCAGAUGCUACCACGAUACACUGAACUGAUGAAUGCUGUAUAAAAAAAAAAAGAAAAGAAAUGCAACUACUGUUAUAUAUCUGCCAUUUUUCCCAUUAAGUCAAAAUGAUACCUUAAGCAACAACAAAACGUGAAGUCACAAACCAGAAUGAAGACUUAGUACAUGAGCUUGGGCACACUCGAAAGCUGAUCCAAAUUUGUUGCCUCUUUUCUGUGUGCCAUCUGCUCUGCUAGCAUUAUUUCUUUGUGUGUAACAACUGCUAUGGCCUUCUCUCAGUAAUUUUAGUAGAAGCCAUAGUGUGUUUCUAUUCUGCAGAUUUCCAAUAUGACACUUGGAGAAACUUUGGCUCAGUCAGAGAAAAAAGCUGACAAAAGCACUGUUAAAACAACAGGACAUAGCCAGAUGCUACAAGGCCAACACCACUAAACUACUCCUUUUCAUAGGGUAAAUAAAAACCUAUUAUUACAUAUCAAGUUUGCUUGGCAAUAUGAAAAAAAAGACAUAUAUGUAGACGCUGACAUUGUGACAGACCACAGAUAUCACUGUAUUACCACGAAGAAGGAUCAAGAGAAUAUGCUUCUGUGGCAGCUACAUGCGACAGGAAUCAGGUUGAAUCAGUCCCGCUUUUUUUUUUUAUUUAUGUUUUUUUUUCUUCAAAGAUAUGUGAAUUAAAAUGUGCAAUGACAAAGAGGUUCCGUGAAUUUUGUAUAAAGUUACCAUACUGCAGUUUUCUCUCUUGAAUGAUGUUGUAAACUGGACUGUGUAAUACAUGUAUCUGUGAAUGUCCGUACAACCUGAGUUCUUUUCUUUCGUUUUGUCUAAAUGUUGAACAAAAAAAAGUGAUAUUAUUUGCUGUUUUCUGCAAUAAUACUAUCUCAGAAACUAAAGCACAUAUCUCUCUCAACUGUAAAAAUUAUGAUGACAAUAACAGAAUAGAGUAAUAAUAAAGAUAAUGAUAAUAAUAAUAAUAAUAAUAAUAAUAAUGUAAUAGAAAUGUCUAGUCAGAGAAUAUUGUUUUGUAUAUUUCUAGCUGUUUCAUGGGCCUAAUGUAAAAUAUUAUAUGUAAAAAAUAUAAUAAAUGUCUUUAGAUGGUGUUAUAUGAAAAAGCAUGAUUGCAAUAUAUGUUAUCUGCAAAAUAAAUAAAGACCUAUAGAUUAUAA